CGCAUUUUGACUUGUGUGUAUGAGGUCCUCUCCUCCGCCGGCCUUUCCUUCUUUCUUUCUCUCUCUCUACACCUUUCAUUUUCUCUCUCUAGCUUCAUCCUCCUUCAAUUGACGGAUCUGGCAUUCUUGUUUUCCUCAAUUGGGUAUCAUACACCUCUACACUCUUACACAUCAUUAGGCAGUUAUUACCGCUUGCAAGCAGUAUCUGGGGCUAGGAAUCAUGGUCAUGUGGAACAAUAUUGAUUAUGGUAAUAGAAGGUGAAAUGUUCGAUUCACCCUGUGAUAAUGGAGCUAUAUAGUUGUAAUGCAAUUAACUUUGUUUUCAAGAGAAACUAUCAAUGCAAUGACUUCCAAUAACAGCUCUAUGAAUGGGCAUCACAAUGAUGGGGUUCAGACACAUGGGUCUGAUUUUUCAAGCAGGCAUAAUUCUGAAACAAAUUCUGUUUCAAGAAAUUUGAGGGGCAACAGUACACUCAACAAUUUUCAUGACCCAGAGGCUAUGGAACUUUACUCACGGGCCACAGCACAACAGGAGGAAAUACUUUUUCUUCGUAAACAAAUUGCUGUUGCCUGUGUCAAGGAACUGCAACUGUUGAAUGAGAAAUAUGAUCUGGAAAGGAAAUUAGCUGAAUUACGACUGGCUAUAGAUGACAAGCGAAAUGAAGCCAUAAAUUCUGAUUCAAACGAACUGGCUAGCAGAAAAGGCCAUCUGGAAGAAAAUCUAAAAUUGGCUUAUGAGUUGAAGGCUACAGAGGAAGAAAGAUGUAUCUUCACGUCAUCGAUGUCAGGGUUAUUGGCUGACUAUGCCAUUUGGCCUCAUGUUAUAAAUGCUUCUUCUCUUUCCAGCAGUGUGAAGCAUUUACACGAUCAGCUGCAGUUGAAGAUCAGAACUUCACAUGCUAGAAUUGCGGAGUUAAUGCCUAUGGUGGGAAAUCAUGCUGGGGAUGGAUGGCUUGAUAAAGAUGGUCCUGACCCUAGCCUCGUGAAUAGCCAAUUUCCUAAUAGAUACUCGGGUUGGCAGUCUUCCGUCUCUAAUCACUCCAUAGGUGAACAACAAUUGGAAUCAAUUGAUAAAAUGCCAAGAGAUUGGCUUGACAAUGAUCAUACAGAAAUGAAAAGUUUUAUGGGUAAUCAUGAGAUGCAACAACCAUCAAAUAAUGACAAUCCUCUGAAGGUCGCACCCAAUACCGAUAGGGAGAUUGGGAGCCCUAAUCCUGGUGGUUUAUCUGAUAGAAGUGGCUUGAAUAGAAGAUUUGAUUCACCUGAAGAAAGCACCUAUGACUCUUCGUUUCGUUUUCCAACCGGGCAUGAUGGUGUUGGUUCUGUUGUUUCUGAAGGGGACCCUGGCAUAGAAGAUUUUCAAAUUAUUGGUGAAGCUAAACCAGGAGGUGUACUUCUAGGAUGUGGAUAUCCUGUGCGUGGAACUUCUCUUUGCGUAUUCCAGUGGGUUCGUCAUCUUCAAGAUGGCACUAGGCAGUACAUUGAGGGAGCCACAAAUCCAGAAUAUGUAGUCACUGCUGAUGAUGUUGAUAAACUUAUUGCUGUUGAGUGUAUACCAAUGGAUGACCAAGGCCACCAGGGGGAACUGGUGAAACGGUUUGCCAAUGAUCAAAACAAAAUUACAUGUGACCCAGAUAUGCAAUUGGAGAUUGACACACAUAUCUCUAAAGGUCAAGCCACAUUUAGCGUUCUACUGCUGAUGGAUUCUUCUGAGAAUUGGGAGCCAUCAACUCUCAUUUUGAAACGAUCGAACUACCAAAUUGAGCUCAACAAAACACAAGUUGUUGCAAUUGCUGAGAAAUUCUCAAAGGACUUAUCUAUCAAAAUUCCUGUUGGGCUCUCAACUCAAUUUGUUUUAACAUGUUCAAAUGGCUCUUCACAUCCGUUAAGCACACAUAAUGAUGUUCGCUCCAAUUCUGCAGUAUCAAGCCAUAGAAGACUGAGAGAAGCUUUUGAGGGACCUAAAACAGGCUUUCUAGCCCUGAAAGUCAUUCUACAAAUGAUCUGGAAUGCGUGAUACUCUUGUUUUGACUAUGAGAAUGUUCCAAAGCAAGGCAUUGGAUGAAAGGAGGAAAGGAAAGGCGUAAACCAUCUUUAUCAAUUAAGCACACCAUGUUUAUACUCAUUAGUCAUUCUUUGUAGAAAGUAAAGAAAGAAAAAAACAAUAAAUCUGCAUAAGGUUUAUAGAGUAAUCUUAAUAGAAAAGAGGGAAAAACAUUCAUAUAAUUAUGUCUUUUUUUUCUUUUUUUUUUUAAUUCUCUUUUAUUUUAAUGUAGUUGUAAUUAUGAAGUCAUCUUUAGACCAUGGAUAAAAAAGUUGUAUUAGCUUUUAAUAAUUUCUUUAAAAUUUUUGUUGCGGAUGAUUAAUCUACCAAUCUCUCUACUCGGUUUUUGUA